AUGUUCUCCCUCCGAACUGUCCUCCGCGCCCCCGGUGCACUCCGCCAGCUUCUCCCCUCCGUCUCGCGUCGUUCAUUUUCCGGAGUCGCAUCUGCCCGUCCUCUUUCGCACAUGGUCCAGAAUGGUCUCACGAGGCUGCGCGCUCAAUCACAGACUAGCAAUGCUGUCACUGCCGCCGUUGGCACUUCCCGGCAGCUUCAGAUUCGGGGAAUGAAGACUCGGUCUUCAGUGAAGCGCCUGUGUGAUGGCUGCAAGCCUGUGCGCCGGAAGAACCGUGUUUUCAUUAUCUGCUCGAAAAACGCCAAGCACAAGCAGCGACAAGGCAAAUAG